AUGGGACCUUUGAAUCUUCUAGCCGUGGUUCUGUGCAUGUGCUGUCAUGUUCAGAUUGUAUUCGCUUGGACGGUGAAUAAUUUCCUCAUGACUGGACCAAAGGCUUUUCUGACCCAUGCCAGCAGUGUGCAAGUGGGCGCACAAAGCGGAAUACAAGAGUGUAAACACCAGUUCGAGUGGGACAGGUGGAACUGCCCAGAGAACAUGCUCCAAUUAUCCACACACAACGGCCUUCGAAGUGCCACAAAGGAGACGUCUUUUGUCCAUGCCAUCAGCGCGGCCGGGGUGAUGUACACGCUCACCAGGAACUGUAGUAUGGGAGACUUUGACAACUGCGGCUGCGAUGACUCCAGGAUUGGACAGACAGGUGGUAGAGGAUGGAUUUGGGGUGGCUGCAGUGAUAAUGUGGCGUUUGGAGAGACGAUCUCCAAACAGUUUGUGGACGCGCUUGAAGGUGGGCACGAUUCGCGCGCAGCAGUCAACUUACAUAACAACGAGGCAGGCCGACUGGCAAUCAAAGCUACUAUGAGGAGAGCCUGUAAGUGUCACGGGGUGUCUGGAAGCUGCACCAUCCAAACCUGCUGGAUGCAGCUGGCUGACUUCAGAGAAGUGGGCAACUACCUGAAGAUGAAGCACGAGCAUGCAAAGAAACUGGAGAUGGACAAGAAGCCUGUGAGGGCUGGGAACAGCGCAGACAACCGAGGAGCCGUCGCGCACGCUCUACGGAGCAUCGCCCCUACAGAGCUGAUUUACCUGGAGGAUUCCCCGGAUUACUGCGUCAAAAACCACAGCCUGGGAUUUCAGGGCACAGAGGGGCGGGAGUGUCUGAAGGGUGACAAGAACAUGUCCCAGUGGGAGAAAAAGAGCUGCCGCAGGCUGUGCUAUGAAUGCGGCCUCAGAGUGGUGGAGAAGCGCAUAGAGGUUGUCAGCAGCUGCAACUGCAAAUUUCACUGGUGCUGUACCGUCAAGUGUGACAAAUGCACGCAAGUUGUUACUAAAUAUUACUGUGCACGUAAAGAAGGCGGGAGAAAACCACACAACAAAACGAAGCACAAGCACGGUGCGCGCCGGCACUGA